CCUUGACUGGGCCCGGGGGCGGCGGGAACUUUUAUGGCCGCCGGCCCCCUCCCCGCCUUGCCGCUCCUUUGAGGAGGGAGCAGCCACUGAGCGACCACCUGUGAAGAGCAUGCGCCCAACGCAGGAGAUCCUUUGGUGAAGUCAUAGGAAAUGGAUUCAGCCUGCUUGAAAUAUUUUCUGUGAAAUACCUGAUGAACCUUACAGAAAAGGAUAUACUAGUGGGGAUGACUGGCAAAUAUUUUUUCUAAGUGUGGAACUUGCACCUGCUAUGGAGCAAAGUGAGAGUCAGCAGGGGCCUGCACCAGAGACUCAAGAAGACAGCAAAAGCAGUGCAAGACCUUUACCUGGGGGUGCUGUCCCUGUCAAGGGGGAAAUAAAGAAAAAUGCUGUUACUGAUGACUACAAAAUUUCUAAGCAAGUCCUGGGUCUUGGCAUUAAUGGCAAAGUACUGGAAUGCUUUCACAAGGUGACAGGGCAGAAAUGUGCUUUAAAGCUCUUAUAUGACAGUCCAAAAGCACGACAAGAGGUGGAUCAUCAUUGGAGGGCUUCAGGCUGUCCCCAUAUUGUUCACAUCCUGGAUGUUUAUGAAAAUAUACAUCAUGGGAAGAGAUGCCUCCUCAUCAUCAUGGAGUGCAUGGAAGGAGGGGAGCUGUUCAGCAGGAUCCAAGAGCGAGGAGACCAAGCAUUCACAGAAAAAGAGGCUUCUGAAAUAAUGAGAGACAUUGGAACAGCUAUCCAGCACCUACAUGGGAUGAACAUAGCGCACAGAGAUGUCAAGCCAGAAAAUUUGCUUUAUACAUCCAAAGCGAAGGAUGCAGUGCUCAAGCUCACCGACUUUGGGUUUGCUAAAGAGACAACCAUGCAUAAUGCACUGCAGACCCCCUGUUAUACUCCCUAUUAUGUAGCCCCAGAAGUUCUUGGCCCUGAGAAGUAUGACAAAUCCUGCGAUAUGUGGUCCCUUGGUGUCAUCAUGUACAUUCUCUUGUGUGGCUUCCCUCCAUUCUACUCCAACACUGGUCAAGCCAUUUCUCCAGGAAUGAAGAGGAGAAUUCGGAUGGGGCAAUACGGAUUUCCAAACCCUGAGUGGUCAGAGGUAUCAGAUGAAGUUAAGCAGCUAAUUCGUCUGUUGCUGAAGACAGACCCAACAGAAAGGAUGACAAUUUCUCAAUUUAUGAAUCACCCCUGGAUUAACCAAUCCAUGGUGGUGCCACCAACUCCUCUUCACACUGCCCGAGUCCUCCAGGAGGAUAAAGAUCAUUGGGAUGAAGUAAAGGAGGAGAUGACUAGUGCUCUGGCAACCAUGAGAGUGGACUAUGACCAGGUCAAAAUUAAAGAUUUGAAAACAUCCAAUAACCGUCUCCUCAACAAACGGCGUAAGAAACAGAAACAAGGAGGCAGCUCUUCAGCAUCUGCUGGAUGUAACAACCAAUAAAGAGAGAAAUAAUGAUUAAAAGGGACAAUUAAUUUAUCUGGGUUCAGCUUACUUUUACACCAAAAGAAGGAAAGAAAAGGAUAUAUCACUGCAACCUGGAUGUGUGUAUGGCUUACAGAGAAAGGUGCACUGUGACAUCCAGCAUGUGAUGUUCUGGAACAUGUUAUUUGGGCAUUGAGGGUCCCCCCCACCUGGGGAAUGCUUAUUUGUUUUUACCAUUUUUAAUAUUUUAGUAGAAACUACCUAAGGAAUUUCAGAAGACCCUAGAAUUCUGAUGAAGCUUUAGAUGAGUAGAUGACUCCCUGAAGCAGUGCAGGUUCCAUAUGUACAGUGAGCACAGCAGCCAGACUUAAGUGCUAAUGCAUCCCUGAAGAGAUUUAGGGAUGGGUUUAACUCUCCAGCUGAAUUCAGUAGAAUAUACAAAUGUGUAGCUUUGGCUGGAUUAUGUCCAGUGUGCUCAAGGGAAAUGAAUUUUACUGUGAGAUGGGCCUGAGGAAAUGGAAAAUUCAGAAAGCACACUGAAAGGUAUAAGGAGUGUACUUUUUCAUGUAUUCCUGCUGUGUCUUACACUUCAUUUGUUGUAUUUUAUUUCUAGGUUUAAAGCACAGGGUCCAACUCAGCAGGGAAGCACUGAUGUUGAUUUUCAGAAAAAUAUGUACAGUUGUGUCUUCAGGGAUUAUUAAGGGUUGUUUCCAUGUUUAUUAAUUUUUAGGAAGCUAUAUGAACACAUAUAGAUUGUCACACAAAGAUGCCAUGCACUUCUGUUUCACUAUAGUAGCACAUGGAAGUUGUGGUUAGCAAUAUUUUCCUGAU